GAGUGCAGAGGAAGAGUUUCAUUCUGAAACGUGUUGUAAAAAGAAUUACGAUAGAAGUUGUCGAAACAGUAAAAUAAAGAUAACGAAGUAAAAUUGUCGUUGUCAAUUCCUCACCUACUUCAGUCUCCUACUCCUUAUGACGGUGGUCUUAGCAUUAAAGCGUGGUACCUAAGUCCUAACUCGAGGAGCACGAGACGAUUGCAUUUUGAUAAUCAGAGCAAACUAAUAGUCAAGGAAUACACAAUCAAGAAGCCUAACACGGAUGGAUACAAUUGCUAGCAUAGCAUCAAAUGUGGCUGUACCUGUUCUAAAACAACUUACUUAUGUAUUGCUGUACAACACUUAUGUCACUAACCUUGAAAAUGAGGUCCAGAAGUUGCAGCGGGAAGAGAAAGAAGUGAGGCACACUGUUGAAGCUGCCAAAAGGAAUGGUGAGCAGGUUGAAGACACAGUGCGCAACUGGUUUACUCGAGUUCGUGCAGCAAUAGAAGAGGCUCAAGCAUUCCUUCGUCACGAAGAGCAAGAAAGAAUUGGAUGCUUAGAUAUAUAUUCUAAGUACACCUUGAGCCAGAAGGCAAGAAAUUUGAUGGAUCAUCUAUCUGAGCUCAGGCAAGAGACAUUUGACAAGGUUUCUUACCGUUGUGCUUUGAAAUGCAAUGUCAGUUCAGCUUCUAGAGGAUAUGAAGCCUUGGAAUCUAGAACUGCAAUGUUGAAUGAGAUCAUGCAGGCCUUGAAGGAUUCUGAGGCUUCCAUGAUUGGUGUGUAUGGAAUGGGUGGGGUGGGUAAGACUGCCCUGGUUAAGGAACUAGCAUGGCAAGCCGAGAAGGGUGGUUCGUUUGAUGUGGUCGUUGAGGCAACUGUGACAAGUGAACCAGAUGUGAGGACUAUUAGAGCUGAAAUUGCUGAUGGUUUGGGUCUGAAAUUUGAUGAGCUGACUGAGAUGGGAAAAGCAUGCCGGUUGCGGCAAAGGAUUAGGCAAGAGCAAAGCAUUCUUGUCAUACUUGAUGAUGUUUGGGGAAAGCUUGACUUGACUGAGGUUGGUGUUCCUUCUGGUGAGGACCACAAAGGAUGCAAAUUGUUGGUGACAUCCAGAGAUCUUAAUGUGUUGAAUGCUAUGUUGGGUGCGCAGAAGGUUUUUAGACUUGAAGUUCUGUCUGAGAGUGAGAGUUGGAACUUGUUUGAAAAGAAGGGAGGGGAAGCUGCUAAGGAUGACAGCAUUCAACGGAUAGCGAAGAAAGUAGCCGAAAACUGCGCGGGUUUGCCCCUUUUGAUAGUGACGGUGGCGGAGGCAUUAAAGAAUAAGGAUUUCUAUGCUUGGAAGGAUGCAUUGGAGCAGUUAACCAAUUUUGAUCUUGAUGGAUGUUCCUAUUCCAAAGUGCAUUCUGCUGUAGAGCAAAGCUAUGAAUAUUUGGAAAGUCAUGAACUCCAAACAUUCUUCCUCCUUUUGGGUUCAUUGGGAAAUUAUUAUAGCACCAAAGAUUUGUUAGUAUAUGGCUGGUGUUUGGGUCUGCAUAAAAAUGUUGAUUCAUUGGCAGACGGAAGAAACAGACUUUACAAAUUAAUAGACAACCUGAGAGCAGCGAGUUUAUUGCUUGAAGGGGAAAGAUAUCAGGUUGAAGCUCUGCACAUUGUUCGCAUUGUGGCUGCUGCAAUCGCAUCCAGAACUAAACCUUUCUUUACUAUGCAGAGAAACACUGAAUUGAAAGAGUGGCCUAGAAUGGAUUUUCUUAAAAAUUGUCAACAUAUUUUUUUGGAUUGGUGUUAUAUCAAUGAACUUCCAGAGAAGUUAGAAUGUCCGACGUUGAAGAUACUGCAACUCUGUAGUCAAGGUAACUAUUUGAAACUUCCUGAUAAUUUCUUUGUUGAGAUGAGAGAAUUGAAGGUUCUAACUUUAGGAGGUCUGAAUUGUACACCAUCGCUUCCUUCGUCUCUUGGUCUCUUGACAAACCUCCAGGCAUUGAAUCUUUGUAAAUGCAUGUUGGAAGACAUAGCUGUUGUUGGAGAGCUCAAAAACUUGGAGAUUCUCAGCCUUGAAAAAUCCGAGCUUAUCGAAGAACUUCCUGCGGAAAUAGGACAAUUAAUUCAUCUAAGGUUUCUAGAUUUGACUGAUUGCUCAACACUAAGAGUUAUACCCCACAACCUGAUAUCAAAACUGACUAGCUUGGAAGAGCUCCUUAUAGAGAACUGCAAUAUUCAAUGGGAGGUCCAGGGAUGCAAAAACCAAGGCAAUGAUUCAAGUCUAAGUGAGCUUGGGAGUUUGCAUAAACUAACAACUCUGAAUAUUCACAUCAAUGAUGCAUCAGUUUUCCCUAGAGACUUGCUUGCCCUUGGAAAAUUACAUAGUUACAAUAUUUCAAUUGGGAAUGGAUGGAAUUCGUUUGGGGUGGAGUCCGGGUUUUUCAAAGUUUCAAGAGUAUUUAAGCUUAAUCCAAGCAUGGAUCCAAGAAUACUCAUGGAUUAUGGGAUCAAAAUGCUGAUGAAUAGAGCUGAAGAUUUGCAUCUUGCUGAAUUGAAGGGUGUCAGGGAAGUACUAUAUGAAUUGAACGAUGAUGGAUUCUCGCUGUUGAAGCAUCUUAGUAUCCAAAAUUGUGAUGAUAUGUGGAGCAUUAUUGGCCCGAUCGAGUGGGCUCAUCGUGAUCAUGCCUUCCCCAACUUGGAGUCAUUGAUUCUUCACAAUCUGAGUAACCUGGAAAGGAUAUGUAGUGGCCCUCUUCCAGCACAGGCCUUUACCAAACUAAGGGUUGUCAAAAUAAAAGGCUGUGAUCAGAUCGAGUUUGUUUUCCCACACUCCAUGGUUGAACAGCUCUCUGAACUACUUGAAGUCGAAAUUUGUGAAUGCAAAUUCAUGACCAAGAUUGUGGCUGAAAAGAUAAAAGAGGAUGACAGUGAAACUGACAAGAUUCAGUUCCUUAAAAUGCGUUCUCUCACACUUGAAUGCUUACCUUCCCUCGUUAGUCUCUCUCCCGAGCCUUCUGUUAACAACACCAUUCAACUUUUUACUGAAAAGGUUGAAUUUCCAAAUUUAGAGAACCUGAAGUUGUGCUCAAUCAAUGUACACAAGAUAUGGGAUGACAAACUUUCAGCACAAACUAGCUUUCAAAAUUUGACAACUUUGACGGUAGAUGGUUGUGAAAGGUUGGCAUAUCUUUUUUCAUACCAUGUGGCUGCAAGACUUGUCAACCUCCAGCAUCUUUUAAUUAAUUCAUGCAAAUUAGUAGAGCAUAUAUUUUCCCGAGAUGGAAACACAGACAACGUUCGACUUGCUAGAAAGUCUGUUCCUACUGAAAUGGGUCCAAUUUUCCCAAACUUGGAGACAGUUGUGAUCUCUGAAAUGGAAAGCUUAAAGUCAAUAUGGCCAAGUCAACUCCCUCAAAAUUCCUUUAGUAAAUUGAAAAAGAUGGAAAUCACAUAUUGUUCGAGCAUCUUGAACGUGUUCCAGUCUCAUGUACUAGACAAAUUACUAAGUCUGGACUCAUUGGAUGUAUGGUAUUGCGAUGCGCUGGAAUUUGUAUACGAAAUAGAAGGUGGAAUUAACGAAGUGGACAUUCAGUUGAGAGCUUUAUCUUUGGGCCAUUUACCAAACUUGAAGCAUUUAAUGAAUAAGGAUCCUCAAGAGUGUGUAAGGUUUCAAAACCUAUCUAUGGUAAAGGUAACCACAUGCAAAAGCUUGAAGCAUGUAUUUCCACUUUCUAUGGCAAAAGAUCUUCUGCAACUCGGGGUCCUUGAGAUAAGCGAUUGUGGGGUCGAGGAAAUUAUAGGAAAUGAACAUGGAGGAGGGGAAGAGCAAGAGUCACCUCUUGGGCUUGUCUUCCCAAAAUUAGCCUGCAUAAAACUUUUGAAUUUGCCGGAACUUCGAUGGUUUUGUAACGAAAAUCACUACUUCAGAUUUCCAUUAUUGAAUCAAUUAUACUUGGUGGAGUGUCCAGCAAUGGAGACAUUCUCGCAUGGUAUCUUAAGGGCAUCAAUCCUCAGGAGGAUAUAUUUGAACGAGAAAGGAGAUCAAUCGCACUGGGAAGGUGACUUGAAUACUACGAUAAGGAAAAUUUUCACCAAAGAGUCUCUUGAAGUACGCAUUAAAUGUGCUAAAAGAAGAUUUAAACCAAAGCGAUUCAUAGAUGUGUGAAGGGCUACGUCCAUCACCAGCGGCGGCCUCUCCCUUGGACGAGAAGUAACUCGCACUCUACUUUCUGUCCUUCUCAUCUGGUCUCAUCUCUACCCUAAUCCUCAAAUUGAAUUCAAAGAGAUGUUUGUUUUGAAGUGGGUGUUUUGAGCAGCGGCGGUGGCGGGAACAGACAAGAGAGAAGGGGGUGUUUCGAGCAGCGGCGGCAGGGGCUAGAAUGAGAGGUGAGAGGUGAGAGGUUAGAGAGAAAGAGGAAGGUGAGAGAUUAGAGAGAGAAAACAAUUUCGAAAUGAAUGAGAAGAGGGUUCGUGGUUCAAAUUUAGGGCACGAUUACCGUUGAAUUUAUUGGCGGAUUAAUUCAACGGUAACAUGGUGCGUGUAACCAAAAUGCAUUAAUCCGACGGUAACAUGGUGCAUGUAACCAAAAUGUAACGUUUCACUAAACAAGGUUCAGCGUCGGAUUUAUUCGCUGGUAUAUCCAACGAUAGCCAGCGUGCCAAAAUUUCUUUUUUUCCUCCAAAUUUUAUCGUCGGAACAUCAACUCUGACAGUAAUACUUUAGGGUGACGAAUUUAUUGCUAAAUUCGACAGUACAUAAAAUUUGCUGCUAACGUCCGACGCUAAAUCCAACGAUUUUCUCAGCGUUUUUUUUAUUUUGUAGUGAGAGCCGAGUUUUUGAGAGAAAAAGAGUGCAUUUCUGCCAAGCUCAUACAUUUUCUAACAAGAAUUCAAGGUGUUCUUUCAUAGCUUUUGGUUGGUUCUUCAAGGAUUCAAGCCUUCCAAGUCCAAUUCCUUGUUCUUUCUUUGAUUUUUCUUGUUCUUCCAUACAAAUUUCAACAAAGGUAACCAUCACUCUUCACCUUUCUUUUUUUAGUUUUGAACCUAAAACUAAGGGGUUAUGUUGCUCUUUUUCAUGUCUAAAAAAUCACUCGUGAAUGCCUUAAGGGAGCACGCCAAAAAGCACUCAAAAUUCAAGUUCUAAGUGGGUGAAAUUCAUCACUUUUUUAGCACCAUGAUUCGGCCAAGAGGACUUAAUUUUCAUUACUUGUCUUUUUGCUUUUGUUUAGGUGAUUCUUGGUGUUUAAAGUGUUUAAUGACUGAUUUGAACAAGAGAUAAGAGUUAGGAUUAGUUAGAUUAUCUUCAUGCUUGAUUUUGUGUGCAUAUGAGCCAUUUUAUGAUGAUCUUGUGCAUAAAAACUUAUUCUGGAAAUUGUAUGAUGCACAGUUGUUUUUGGCUUGAUAUAUAUGUGAAAUAUAAUUUUU